UAAUUAGACGCCAUUGGAAUAUAUUAUUAUCUUCUGUCAAGGUAUUUUAGAGAUUUUCAAACAGUCGCUGUCAGAAUUGAGAAUAAUACUCUACGGUGCACUAAGAGACGAAGAAAAAAAGAAGUUUUUCAUUGUGUUCUCGGUUUCUGGUAUUUUUUUCUAUUCGCUAUUUUAAUCAAGCUGUGGAUUGUGCUACUUAAAAUAUUAAAUUCUAUCAAAUAAAACUACCCCCCAGAAAUGGUUAACUGCAGUAAUGGCAGUAAUACAGACUUCAGACUUAUAUUAUGAUAAUUUACUGAAUGGCAACAACAAUAGAGGUGCUAAUAAUAGAAUUUUGGAUGUGGUGGAAAACAAUAAUAACAAUAAAUCAAAAUUAAAUUUGUGGACUGAUAGUGUUCGGGAAUUAUUUGCAUUUAAAUGUAACGGAAACAAUCGAAAAUACAAUAAAUGGAUAACUACAGCUAUUUUCGUAAUACUUCUUGUGCCUGUCUAUGGACAUACAAAUUCCAGAAUUAGUAAAGAUAACGUUAUACUUCACUCGUCAGAGGAGUUUUAUAAACAUGAAAUAAUUAAACCAUCAUUGCAACAUGGCCGUCAUAAAAGAGAUAUUGUCGAUACGCGGCUAGAGAAUGGAUUCCAUGCCGAUGAAUUAAUACUACGUUAUAAAGAUGUGAUAAUAGACUUAAAAUUAAAUGAUAAUUUAAUUCCCCAAGGUCAUUUUAUGAGAUACCAAUUACCGAAUGGUACUGAUGUUGUUCAACAUUUUACUAAGACUGACAUAGACUUGUGCCAUUAUAAAGGGACAAUUAGAAACAAUGUAGAAUCGCACGUGGCGAUUUCCACAUGUGACGGUAUUAAAGGCGUAAUAUUUGAUGGCGACGAAACGUAUUAUAUUGAUACGAAGCAUAAUGGCAACAUAAGUGACGAGCAUUUUUUGUACAGACACUCCGAUAGGAAAGCGAAUCAGACACAAAGAAUGCCUUGUGGAUUUGAAAAACACCACCAUAGUGUACCGGAAGCAUCACCAGCGUCGCUUCACGAUUCAGCCAUAAAACAAACUUUGAGGUACAAACGAUCAGCUGAUACAGUCAUACGAGGACCAUACAACGCAAACAGACAUUCCUCAUUCGUAGAACUAGUUUUAGUCGUAGAUAACAAAGUUUACAAGAGUUUAGGCGAAAAUCUUAAGAAGGUGCACAGCCACUGCAAAGACAUUGCGAAUAUUAUGAAUGCUCUGUACGUACCGUUAAACAUUUUUAUUGCCUUGGUUGGUAUUGUUGUGUGGAACGAAAAUAAUGAAGCCGAGCUGUCCAGUGACGGUGACAAAACGCUGAAGAAUUUCUUGAAAUACCGUCGCGAAGUUCUGGUGACUAAGCAUCCCAACGACAACGCUCAACUGCUGACGAAAGAACAGUUUGAGGGAGGUGUUGUAGGAAAAGCAUUAAAAGGCCCAAUUUGUACUUAUGAAUAUUCGGGUGGAGUUUCGAUGGAUCACAGUCAAAUCGUAAGCGUUGUAGCGACAACCGUUGCACAUGAAAUGGGACAUAAUUUCGGCAUGGAGCAUGAUACACCGGAUUGUAAAUGCAAAGAGGAUCGAUGCAUUAUGUCGGCAUCCAGUUCAAGUGUAGCGCCAUUUCAUUGGAGUUCGUGCAGCAUUGAUCAGCUGAACCUGGCCUUCCAUCGCGGAAUGAAUUAUUGUUUGAGGAACAAACCGACACAACUAUUUGACAUCGAUUCACCGCAGUGUGGUAAUGGUUUCGUCGAACCGGGUGAACAAUGCGACUGUGGACUGCCCGACUUCUGUCAAAACUCUUGCUGCAAUCCGAACACCUGUAUGCUUCAUUCGAAUGCUUCAUGUGCGACUGGCGAAUGCUGCGAUCUGACCACAUGCCAUCCGCGUACUGCUGGAACAGUAUGCCGAACGGCCGAUGGGGAAUGUGAUUUGCCAGAAUACUGCACCGGAGAGUCCGAAUACUGCCCGCCAAACUAUUUCAAACGCGACACUGAACUAUGUGACGGUGGCAAAGCUUAUUGCUACGAGGGUUCAUGUCAAUCGCACACGGACCAAUGUAAAUUGUUGUGGGGCCCAUCCGGACACUCGAUGGAGGAGUGUUACAUCAAAAAUUUGGAGGGAACGCGGCACGGAAAUUGUGGCUACGAUCGUUUGAACAGCACGUAUCGAAAUUGCUCCAGAGAAGACAUUAUGUGCGGUCUGCUACAGUGUCGCCACUUAAAUGAAAUACUGGAAUUCGGCAUGGAAUCGGUGGCACUGCUGUCACAUAGUUUCAUAACGCACAAGAAGCAAGUGAUUCCCUGUCGAACGGCCAUCAUCGAUUUGGGACUGCAGAGUGUCGAUCCCGGACUGACACCGAAUGGUGCCAUUUGCGGUGAUGGUAAAAUGUGCAUACGACAGAAGUGUUUGUCGAUCGUAAGUUUGCGGGCCAGUGGCAUUGGUCUGGAUUGCCCGGAAAAUUGUAAUGGACAUGGUACAUGCGACAAUAAAGGUCACUGUCAUUGUGAUAAUGGCUUUGCACCACCGACAUGCUCGACGCCUGGACAUGGCGGAUCCGGUUACAGUGGACCAGCCGCUAAUCCGAAUGAGGGCAGUGGCUUCGUGCGCAUCAUGUACGUGUUCUUCCUGGGCGUGGUGCCGUUCCUCAUACUGGCAUCGUUGUUCCUGUAUUAUUGGAAACAGAAUAAGCCGUUUUUCAUGAGCAAAACGCCAAACUUGUUCAAAUCGAGUAACACAUCAGCGCAAAAUCGAUCCGGCAGCGGCAAUGGAGGACAUUCGUCAACAUCGCCAGCAGCUGGAAAAACAUCUACACCAAGUAGCACCGACGACAUGAAUUCGUCACUACUGAAGUCCGGCGAAAAUGUCGAUUCGAAUGGAGUGAACAACAACAUUCCGUAUGGACGUUUCAAGGGGUACACGCUGAAACCACUGCCAAUAUCACGAACGCCACAAAUUAACGCACCGAAUGUGGCAUUUGUUCAUCCAGUUUCGAAAAUAGUAAGUGAAACUACAAAUGUACCGAACGGUGCUCCGAAUCGCAUCGCACCACCGGUACCGAAACCACCAAAUAUUGCACGCAGUCAAACUCAAAUUAAGCCCGUUAAACCAAUCGUCAACCGUUCCAAUUCCGUAUUACCAUCAAAAUAUUCAUCUGAAGUUGCACCAGCUUUGCCGCCGAUGAAUCCAGGCGCUACUGCCCGACCACUCAUCUCAAGUCCAAUACUUGAAGCUUCGACUUGCUCUGCAAAGGAAUUAAUUUCACCAUUGCGUCACAAUGCGGAAAAAUAUGCAGAUAAAGUUCCUGUACGCCCCGCUCCGAGCGUACCAAUUCAACCAACGACAAUCACAGACACCAAUACGAAUCAAUCGCGUAUUGAUGUCGUCCAAAAUUUGAAGAAAGCAAAAGACGGAACGAUAAAGAGAAUUGCUUUGCUUUUGAAGAAAGAUGAGAAAGCAGCCGGUGCGUCAAUCUUGUCAAGAAAUCCGUCCAAAUCGCUGGAUAGAGAGAAACUGCGAAAUAUUCAAAUAUCUGCACCGAUAACGGCCGAUUUGUCAUCGGAUGGUGAACAGGAACCGGAACGAUCGUUUGUUAACCGCACACAAAGUAUGCGUGAUCCAUCCAACGCAGUUGUCAAGCGACCAACUAUUCAAACAUUCGGAUCGAUGCGACAACCGGGAUCGGUUAAGCGGCCAGGAAGUAUUGUCGGUUCCAGACCGAAAAGUCCACCGCCUCCACGACCACCUGCACCGUCCACAGGUCAACCGAACGUUCAGCCUGGAACAAAGGUUUGUAACGAAUAUGAUUCGUGUGAAGCUGUUGAAGCUCCACUUGCGCAAAUUGUCGAAUCAUCACCGACCAACUCUGACAAUAUUUACGCAGUCAUUGAAGAGUAUCAGAGUCCAGCUAAAAUUCCGAUACCCGUUGAAAAGGCUGAUAGCUCUGGAAUCGGACUGCUCAGCGAAAUUGUAAACGAAAUUGAAAAUCGAAAUCUUGAUUCGAUCUAUUCGGUGACCACACUGAAUCGGAAGAAAUCAACGGACACGGACCCCGUUGCUACUUAUGCAAAUACCUCAGAUUUCGCGGACUCUUCUGCGAAUGAAUACAUCAACUUAACGCCGAGCACAACAUCCAGCGGAUACUUAAGGCCCACUUCAAUAAACGCACCCAUUGCCCGGGUGUCACCUGUGAAACCAUCCGAUUUACCGACAAAGCCUGUUACAAAUAAUUUAAGUAGUUUCGGGAAAAAAGAUGUUGAUAGCAACGGCGGAAGUGGCGGCAGCGAUGGAAAUAAAAAAAUAAUCAAAAAGCAAUCGUCCGACGCGGCCAGUAAACCACCGUCCGCCAAUAAAACCACAGCCGUUGCACCCACUCAGGUGCAUUUUAACCGAACUAAAACACCGCCCAACAUUCAAACGAAUUCGAUUCGAAAACGUAGUCCAUCACCGACCACACAAUCAGCCAGUAACAAGAAACCGAUCACAAACGCAGUUAAGUCCACACCAAGCACCAAAGCUAACGUUAAACCAAAAACUCCAGCCAAGCCAUCAGCUAUUAAUUCGAACGAACCGAGUCUGCACAAACCGAAAUGGCAGACGACAAACAGUAAGGAUAGAACGGUCGGUGGCGUUACCACGGCUGGUGCUAAUUUCAAGACAAAUAGUGCAAAAUCAAAUGUUGCCUCGUUGCAACAGAAAUUCGAAAGUGCCGGCUGCUCAAAUAUUGCAACACUCAAAUAGUGAUAUUUUUUUAGGAGAAUAUGAAAAACAAACAAACAAACAACAACAGCAACAAAAAAGAUUACAAUAAAAAUGGAAAGAUGAACAAUUUUUUCAACAUUUUUUGAUCACAUUUAUAAUUAAUUUAAGAAUUUAAUUAUCGAUUUUAAGUUUAAAAACAAAUUUUAUGACAACCGAACUACAGGAGCCAUUUAAUUAAUUAAUUAAACGAAUAUUUUUGUGACAAACA